AUGUAUGCAGUAGGUAUAUUCCUGGACAUUGAAGGGGCUUUUGACAAUACUCCUUUCGAUGCUAUGUGUGAAUCUGCACAACAGCAUGGAAUAGAACCACUUAUUACUAAGUGGAUAGAAUCCAUGCUUAAGAAUUGCUCAAUUUUGGGACAGCUCAAUGAUACCAAAAUAUGGUGUAGUAAGUAUGGUCUAUCUGUUAAUCCAAAUAAAGCAAAGGUUGUUAUGUUCACUAGAAGGAGAAUAGGACUAGACAGUCUUGACACUCUUACUCUAAAUGGACAAGAAUUUAGCUUAAAAUCGGAAGUAAAAUACUUAGGUAUUAUCUUAGAUAGUAAGCUAAAAUGGAAAUCACAUGUUGAGUCAAGAAUCAAAAAUGUAAUGACUACAUUGUGGACUUGCAGUAGAGCCCUGGGAAAGACAUGGGGUCUUAAACCAAGAGUUAUGUAUUGGUUGUACACAUCAGUGAUUAAACCUAUGAUAUUGCACGGUGCCCUAGUCUGGUGGACCAGAACAGCACUCAUUACAGCUAGGAAAGAAUUUAGUCGCAUACAGAGAAUGGCUGCUAUGGCCAUCACUGGAGCAUUAAGAACUACACCAACGGUCGCAUUAGAGACACUAAUCGGAUUGCCUUCUCUGCAUCUAGAGGUUAAAGCUCACGCCAAAGCCACAGCACUAAGAUUCCACGACUUAGGUAUAUGCACUUUGGAGAGUAAUACAACAGAACAUGGUAAAAUACUAAAAGAGAUAGACCAGGGCUUUUUGAAAUAUCCCUUGGACUAUAUCAAACCGGUUCUUAAGUAUAACAUUCCCUACAAAGUGGAGAUCACUACACGUAAUGAAUGGAAUAUUAACCACCUGACUGAAAAAGGAGGAUUUGUGUUAUAUACAGUUAGAUACAAAAAAUCAGGAAAGGUAGGUGUUGGAAUUUGGGGUUUAAAGCCACGAAUAAAUAUCAGUAUGCCAUUGGGCACAAUACCCACUAUUUUCCAAGCAGAGGAAGAUAUUGGACCAGAACCAGUGGUAGGACUCACUGAGCAAUCGCUCAAAGCGCUACCCAAGAAUUGGUACAAAGAACAACACAGGAAAAUCUGGAAAUACUUGGUAGUACCUAGACAAUCUAAACUGUUUAUCAAAACCCCUGGUCUAUUGCUGGGUGAUCUUAGUAGCAUGUCUAACACCAAUUAA